AGGAAUAGAAAGCAAAAACCUAUUUCAAGUAGACGUGUGCUUUAUCUAGUUGGAGUCGAAUUGCUUUAGACAAUCCAGUCCGUGUUUUCUCUUUUCUUUUCGUGAGGAGGUUAGACUCUUUAGGUGUCUUCAUAAUCCAAAACACAAACUGGCGCGCACUCACCUGUUCUCCUUCACGGCAAAUAUAUAUCUGCUAAAGGAUCGUACAGGGAGUCAUCAAAAAAAAAAACCCCGUUAGACUUUCAUCCCUCUGCUCGGCAUUGACGCCGCUGUGCGUGCUAUUAGAGAACACGGCGUUGUAUUGUUGCGCAGAGUCUCUCCGAGGAACACCUGCGGCACCCCUUCGGAAACGUUCUUUUUACAGUUAAUCAACAUCAAAAUAAAGAAGUAAAAACUCGCAGAUUUCGGCGCGACAUCAAAACAAACAAAAAAAACCCGGCUGCACUGAAAGCCCCCACGCGAAGAAGGACCUACACCAAAAAUAUAUAAACUAUGCCGCUUCCCAACGUAGCAAAUUCGGUGGUCAAGCGACUACCAUUUCUCAAGCAGACGCGCAGCCGCGCUGUGGCCAUCUCCGUGUGCUGCUUUCUACUCGUGCUGCUAGUUCGUUUCCUGUACAACUACAUCCACACGUGGCGAUCCACAAAGGAUGGUAGGCGACUGACGAGUCGAAGUGGGAGCAGUCGCGCAUCAAAAGACAAGAAGAAGCACGGCAGCGGCAGCAGCGGUAAUGGCAGCAGCCACAGCCACAACCACGCCAAGUCCAGCUCUUCUCUGGCAAAGAAGAAGACGGACCCGACGCUGCCAACGUUAUUGAUGCUUGUUGGCAUCCACGGCAGCGGCAAGAGCUUCUGGGCGUCGCGCUAUGUAACCAUCGUGCACAAGUCCUACGUGAUCAUCUCCUCCGACUCGAUUCGAAGCCGCCUCACUGGCACCAUCGAGGACUACUCUCACGAGGACGAGGUGGAGGUGGAGCUGCUGCGCGAACUGCAGCAAACACUCGAGCUGCACCGCAGCUGUAUCCUCGACGACUGUCAGCACAACCUCUCUGCCCAGUUUCGCGCCAAGGUGAAGGCGGUCGCGGCGCAGAAAGCAAACUGCGUGGUGAAGCUCUUCUCUGUGAAGCCGUCCUACGCAAUGGCACGCAUCCAGGGAGCGGUAGAGGAAGGCAUGGUGCGCUACAAGCCGACCAUAAUGGAGUUGGAGAAGCAAGUAGAAGAGCUCGCUGCGUUUGAGAAGACGUACAAGGAUGACGGCUGGAUUGAAAAUUAG